UCCGUCAUGGCUACUUGGGAACAUGAACUCCGUGAGAUGUUUUCUCUCCACGACAAGGAUAUGUCUGGAUUCAUCAGCAAAGAUGAUGUGAUCUGCAUGUUGUUGGGAGCUGAGAAGGACGAUAAGAAGGAUCCCGUGUUCAAGACGAACCUCAAAUUUUUGAUUCAAGUCAUCAAGGAGGCCGACAAAGACGGAGACUCCAAAAUCACUUUCGAUGAGUUCAAGGAGUACAUCAACAAAGUCACUUCCUAAAAUUCUUUCAAUUUCUUAAUGUUUUAUCUUUCCAAAAUUUAUAACAAAUCUAAACAAUCUCAACAAUAAACAAUCUAU